UCUGUGGCGUCAUUUUUUUGAACAGAAUAGAACAGAACAACAAUGGCAGCAAGCCAACAGAGCUAAAUCCUUGACUCUUUGAGAGAUAACUGUGAAGAGAAAUGGCAACAUUGACAUGCUAUUGCUCAUCUCCUUCACUGCAAAUACCAAAACCCACCUCAAAAUCUUCACUUUCCUUGCUCCAUAAAAUCCCAAAUCCACAAUUUUUAACUAAAUAUUCUUCUUUUCUAUCAAUUUCUUCAAAGUACCAAAAGUGGAGACACAGAGUUUCCAUUGUUCUUCAAUGUUCAAACUUCAACACAGCCUCCUCACUUACAACCGAACCCGAACCCGAACCUGAAACCGAAGAAGAAGAAGAUGGAGUUGAUGAAGAAGAAGAUGGAGAUGGGGUUACGUCUAUUGAAAAGCCUCCAGUGAAGAGAAAGAGGAAGAGAAGGAGGUACAGGAAGCAAUACCCAGGUGAGAAAAAGGGUAUUACUGAAGAGAUGAGGUUUGUUGCUAUGAAAUUUCGUAACUCCAUAGGCAAAAAGAAAUCGGAGAGUGAUGAUAAAAUGAAAGAUAAUGGGUAUGAGUCAGUUUCGUCGGACGAGGAUGAUGGUGGUGGUGGUGAGGAGACAUGGAAGCCAAGUAUGGAAGGAUUUCUCAAAUAUCUUGUUGAUAGCAAGCUUGUUUUUAGUACAAUUGAGCGCAUUGUUGAUGAGUCCAGUGAUGUUUCUUAUGCCUACUUCAGAAGGACUGGAUUGGAGCGAGCAGAAUGUAUAUCAAAAGACCUAGAAUGGUUUAGCCAACAGGGUCAUGUGAUUCCUGAACCGGGCAAUCCUGGAGUCACUUACGCCAAUUAUCUGGAGGAACUGGCAGAAAAGACUCCUCGUUUAUUUCUCAGUCACUUCUACAACAUAUAUUUCUCACACAUAGCAGGAGGUCAAGUUAUAGCCAAAAAGGCCUUUGAGAGACUCUUAGAGGAAAAAGAGUUGGAAUUCUACAAGUGGGAGGGGGAUGAAGAAAAGUUGUUGCGAGAUGUGCGUGAAAGUUUUAACAUGCUGGCAAAGCAUUGGUCUAGAGAUGACAAGAAUAAGUGCCUGAGAGAAGUAACCAAGGCAUUCCGGUUUAUGGGUCAGAUUGUUCGGCUAAUCAUCCUGUAAAAGCCAUUCCAAUCCAAAGGCCAAACUUGGUUUCUCAAUGGCAGCUGGCUCACAGGUGUCAUGGUCGCGAACAACUUUGUGCAUAUUUUGCACUAAACGGGAUUGAUCGACAACUGAGAGGAUUGUCAUCGGUCACUUUCAUCAAGAUGCAGAUGGGUGAAUAUGGUCGCAUCUAGAGGCAGGUGGCUUUACUCUUUUCUUUCCCCAGUCUUCUGGUUUUAACUUGCAAAGUCCCUGGGAGCAUUCUAAACUUGAAGGAUAGGUGUACUUCUCUAGAAUCUAUUUAUUUUCCUUUAGAAGAGGUCCCUAUAGGAACUUGAUGGAAUGAAUUUUAUGGUAUAUGUAUAUUGAAAAAGGUGUGCAGAAUGCAGCCAUGGAAGCAUUUCAAUGCAUAAACAGAAGAGCACCAAGAGUUGAUAUGUGUUUCAAAGAGGUGGAAAUCAAGUUCCAAGACAGAAGCAUUUCAGAGCCAUUUAUUUGACAACUGCAAUAUUUUUGGGAUUUGAUAUGGAGGAAAGUAAUGAUAAUUGUGUUUCCUUUUACACAGCUUAGUGUUUUACAUCGUCCUUAAGAAGUCUAUUACAAGGUCUUGGAAUACUUGUCGUUUGGUAUGCAGAAUGACAUAGACACAACUCUCAGGAUAUGCCACCAUGGGAGUAGUUAUCCCACUUUCUAUAUGAGAUAAUUAAUUCCGUCAUUUUAGUAUAAAAGGUGAGAUAAAAUAAUUUUGGCAUUA